AUGGGCUAUGUGAAAGUGGAUAGUGUGAAAGACAUCGCAACCACAACCACUUCAAGAGCGGAAGUUAUCAAGCAAGCAAAAACCCUCAAGAUACAAAAGUUACGGGAUAGUGUGAAAGACAUCGCAACCACAACCACUUCAAGAGCGGAA